AUGGACGGACCGACGCUGGCCUGCGGUGGCACUUCGCUGGUGAAGACGACCACGCUCAUUUCCCCACAGAAUGCGGGCACCAACGGUUUGACGUGCGUCUAUACCAUCCGCUCGCUGAAUCUACGCAUCUGCCAGCUUCGCCUCGACUUUAACUCGUUCAGCCUGGCCCAACCGACGCUCGAUCCGUACCCGACGUGCAUCAACGAUGUGCUGACGGUGGACGGUUUGAACUUCAAUCUUUGCGGUGAAAACUCGGGCCAGCACGUGUAUGUUCCAUUCAACCCAACGAGCGCCGAUCGUACGCUGACGAUUGCGUUCCGGAUCGCGAGCCGGGCCCAGAUACCGACGCUCGGCAAUCCGCACUGGAGUGUGCGCGUCCAGCAGUUGGAAUGUCCGACGGGAUUGCCGGCAGGUGGAUUGCGUUCACUGCUCGAACCUGAAUCAGCGCUCAACGGUGUCGCACCAAGGACCACUCACGAUCUCAGUGCAUUGGCCCCGGUCGGUUGUCUCCAGUACUUCACGGAACCAAGCGGUACAGUGGAAUCGUUCAAUCUCGGUGGUAACGGUGUCGGCCCAUAUCUUGGUGGGCUCAGUUACGCCAUUUGCUUCCAACGGACCCGUUCGACCCACCAGCUACAUUUCAGCACGUCCACCUUCGAGCUCGGCUAUAGCGCUAAUCCGACCGAGACGAACGUUGGGUUCGACGAGCUGUGCUACUCGAACGUAGCGUCACCGGGCCGCUCCGAGGACAAUCUGCAUAUCCCGAACGCGGUUGUCCAGCUACCGACGGCUACGCCACGGCUGCGUGCCGAGCGGUUCUGUAGCCGCAGCCUUCUGAAUGCGGACGUUGAGGUAACAUCCCCGGGACCGUUUAUGAUGUACUUCAACAGUGAUCGACAGUUUGAUGCGUCCCGCCCGGAAGCUGGCUUCCGGGUGCACUACCAUCUGUCCUAG